GUUCUGUCACUCCGAUUGCGCUGAUUUUGCAGACUGCUGCUGCCGCUGCUGUCUGCCUCCGUUUUACACCGUGGCUGCAUCAGAUCUGAGGUAUGACCAUCAUCUGAUACACCUGCUGAAGACCUCUGCCCUCCUGGACAAACACAUGGACACAGACACAUCCAGACAGCAUGGGCUCCAGACUGAAACAAAACCCUGAGCGAACCUUCUACUGGUUCUUUGAAGCAGCUUGCCCCGUAGCCAGAGACAAAGAUCCCGGUGUACUGUUUCAGUUUCCAGAGGACUUCAGUGAUGAGGAGUCUUGUCAAAUAUUACCCAGGUUCUGCUUCCCGUAUGACAUACAAAGAGCGAGGGAGGGAGUGGCCGUGCAGCACUUUACUUUUGUUUUGACCGACCUUGAAGGAUGCCAGCGGUUUGGCUUUUGCCGUCUCACCAACAACACAAAUACCUGUCUUUGCAUUCUCAGUUAUCUUCCAUGGUUUGAAGUGUUUUACAAACUUCUCAACAACCUGGCUGAUUACCUAACUAAAGGACAGACCAAUGAGAUGAAAGCGCUGCUGGCGGCCCUCUACAAGCAGCCUUUACCACUGGCAGCUGGAUCCGUCACUCUGCAGAUGGGAGAGCAGCUAUCGGUCAGCACAGAGGUGUUCCAUCCUGUUGGACACCCAAAGGGACAAGAGGGGGUUCCAUACUUCAUUGCUCCAGACCCCAGAAGUCUCCCUUCCAUACCUGAAAAUAGGAACCUGACAGAGCUGAUUGUGGCAGUAGAUGUGGGGAACCUGCUCCAGCUCUAUGCCAGCAUGCUGUUUGAGAGACGCAUCCUCAUCUUUGCCAGCAAACUCAGCACUCUCACUUCUUGCGUGCAUGCACUAAGUGCUGUGUUAUACCCCAUGUACUGGCAACACAUCUUCAUCCCCGUCCUACCACCCCACCUACUGGACUACUGCUGUGCACCUAUGCCUUACUUCAUAGGGGUCCACACCAGUCUAUCUGAGAAGGUGAGGAGUCGUGGGUUGGAGGAAGUUGUAAUUCUCAAUGUGGACACAAACACUCUGGAAACCCCCUUUGACGACCUGAAAAGGAUACCUUCAGAUGUGAUGUCCGGGCUGAAGGCGUGUUUGAAGCGUCAGGCCGUGUCUCCUGGCUGUGGUGUCUCAAGGGCCUUCCUGAAAGCUCAGGCUCUUCUGUUUGGAGGCUACAGGGACGCGCUGCAGGCUCACAAGGAGGGUGAGAUGUGGUUCAGUGAGGAGCUGUUUCUAGAUCACAAGUCUGCCAGUAUGAGGCAGUUCCUGCAGAGUGCCAUUCAUUUACAGUCCUUCAAACAGUUCAUUGAUGGCCGCCUGGAUAUUUUGAAUAAAGAGAUGGAACCAGAUGAUCUCUUUGAGGAGGAGAUCUUAAAGUGUGAAGCAGCUGCAGGAAGAAGCAAAUCCUAUCAACAGUUAGUUGGUAAUAUAAAGAAAGGGGGAGGAGCGCUGAUCCUCAACAUGAAGUCCAAAGCAAACAUCAGGGCCAAAGGUCUCACCAAGUCUGGUUUCAAAAACCUGCUGAUGCACAAGGCCCACAAUGAAGAACCCACCCUUCAUAGAGGAGGAUCUGUGACACACCGCCGUGCCCAAUCUGACUGCUUGCAGAACCGUCUGCCAAUCACACAACACUUUGGGAGGUCUCGUCCCCGUCGACCUGUUCACAAACUGGGGGCUCCCAGAGACGAGGAAGACAUGCAGGACACUGGAGACACAUGGGCUGGAGCUGUGUCUGGGCCUGUGUUCGAUCCUGACUCUGAGCUCCAGAAGGAUGAAGACGAGGGAGAAGAUCCACUGCUGUGUGACUCGGAGGAGAUGGAUCUGCUGGGGGAAAUAUUCGACACGCUUAGCUCCCGGAGCUCCCACGAACGUGGCCUGCUGUACGGGACACGCAGCCUGGAUCUGUUUGGACCGGACAGCCAUGACUAUAUCAGGAAGGGCGGUUUUCCAGCCAACCCCAGCCAGGAGAGCCUGUCUCUGUCCAUCAGCGGCAGUGGCAGCCUCCACAGCUGGAAUCUGGAAACCACAGAGGAGCUGUCGGACCUGACGGAAGACUCUGAUUGGCUGUGCCUGGACACCAGCGUACCAGAGAAGGAGGGGACAGACAGUGUGCUGGCAGUGGGUGAACUGGGGGAGCAAGAAAUCAGAGAGAGGGAGGGCAGAGAGGAACAGGAAGAAGUGAAGGUAGCAAUAAACGGGAACCAAGAGGAAGAAAUAGACGACAGAAAUAACUUUGAGGAAGUGAGGUUAGAGGAAGAGAUGACGAAGGAGGGUCAAGAAAAGAGAGUGAGUUUAGGGGAGGACCCUGUAAAAGAAAUGGCUGAGAAGCGAGAGGAUGAAUGGUUGAAAGAAAAUAAGGAGGAGGAGCAAAAGCUGAAUGAGGAGGUAGCUGAGGGGGAAGAGAUAGAAAGAGAAACAAGUGAAAUGCAGAAAAAUGAAGCAAGAGAAGAAGAGGUGAAAGAUAAGCUGGAGGAGGAAGGUAAAGAGGUGAUUUUAAACAAACUCAUAAAACUAAAUCCCCAUCAUCCCAACGCUGAGGAGGACAAUCUGAAACCAACAGCUUCUCCUGAGCCUCAACGUCUCAUUGUUGACCCUAAACCUCCGGCAGCUGAGGAAAAAACGAGUGAAGGAGCAGUAAAGAAAGAGGAGGAGGAGAUGAGACAGACCCCCCCUCCUCCUAAAGUGCUACCUGCUGCAGCACGCUUCCAGUCUCAGGCGCAUAGCCGGGGCUUUCAGGUGAAGUCCAGGACCAAGGAGCUGGCUGAACUUGGGAGACCUAUGAAUGCGCUUCUGAGCAGGGAGAACGCACAAACGCACCCGCCAUGUGACUCAAAUAUAUCAGAGGAGACACAACGCUCAGAGGGGCAUGAGGAUGAAGACCGGCCUCUGAUCAAAGUGUCGGAGCUGAAGAAGCGAUUUGAGGCUUAGAAGAUGGUGACAUUUUGGUUUUUCUUACUUUCAACAAAUCCCAUGAAAACAACAAAAAUGAGCAAUAUCUAAGUCUUUACAGUUAUUUUCUAAAACAUUAAGCAAAUGUUACACAAACUGGAGUAAGAGGUGCAUUUGUUUGAGAUUUUUAUCAGCUAAAUAUUUGGUGGACUGGUGAGUAUUUACAGCAGCGGGACGGUGUAGGAAAAUAAACCACAGUGAGUGUGUUCAUUGUAAUGAAAAAGCAUGUAACACAGUGUGGCUCACUGAUGUGUUUUCAUGGAAUUUGACAUAAAGAAAAACAUACUGCACCUUUCCAAGAUUUAGAAAGUAGUCAAACAGAUUGUUUAUUAUUCUGAAUAUUGUAUACUUGAUGAAAUAACUGUUGAAUUGCACUUAAAAUUAAGGCAAUUAGGCAGCAUGGUUAAAAUAAAUGUAGUUCUCCAAAAGUGAGGACAAUUCAUGUUUUGCAUAUCAGCUACUGUUUGAUGGCCCAUUUGUUACUGAUAUGUAAAUAUGUAUCUGCUAGUGUUUGUGUGUGAGAGAGAUCAGCUUAAACUGACAAAUGAGGAUAAUUAUUGAAUUGUUGGUAAGUCGUCACUCAGAAUCUGAAUAACUUAAAAACCUAAUAAACUAAACAUUUUGAACAUCUAACAUCCCUUCAAUGGCUUCAAUAAUCCAAGACAAGGGAGAGAGAGAAGUGUGCACAUUCCUGAUUUAUUAACAGAACACCUUGUGUACAAUACAUACUGAUUUAUUUAUUAUUUUUAAGAAAUUCAACUUCUCAAAGCUUGACAUAAAAGUGCAUCACAGUUAUUAUCAGUGGUUUAAUCAAUAUCCUUCAUUACUGGAAAAAGAGUAAAACUACUUGUUUUAUAUAUAUAUAUAUAUA